AUGAAACUCCACUUGUCCUCUUCCAUACUCCUUCUCCUUCCUGCCAUCACAGCUGCAUCGGCAGACAUCAAACAAGCGACUCCCUCAAGUGUCCAAAUAUCGUCAUCCGAUCUCGGUUCCCGCUACAUCGAUCCAGACUCAAUCGCCUCCAGUAAUGUCGCCAAAGGGUCGCUGGACGUCCCUGUGGACGGCAAAGACGGCAGACCGCAUGCAGGCCCUUGGGUAGAGACUAAUGCCGAGCGUGACCGCAAGAGCAACAAAGGCAGCGAUGAAAUAGACCUUGUCUCGACAAAAUUCGAGACGAAGAUCCCUUCGUCUCAGCAUCUCAACACGGAGGAAGGGAAAAUGAUCCCGCAUUCCAACGGUGGCGUGAUGGAUGACCCGAACCGGUCGGGCCCCAAGGAAGGCACCAGGGGCACCGAGGGUGGCGUUUCAGAGAAAGGAAAAGAGAAUCAGUAUGCAGAGAAGGUCCCCGGAAGUCCCAAGGAGGCGCUGCCGCUGCCGCAGAGCGAGAAACAAACACUGCCAUCCGACAUCGACGCGACAAGUGGAAGUGGUAGCCGGACUGCGGAGGGUGCAGGAAGCCUUGGAAUGUUGGAGAAACCGGCCGAUCUUCCGGACACUCCUCACGAUAUCCCGCACCCUAAGUCGCCUUCUCAGGCCAAGGACGACCCUUUGGCCAUCGGCCAUGGCUCAGCUGGCUCCUCGUCGGGCUCACAUGCCAGUUCCACCUACGAGAAAACCUCAACCUCCCUCGACGACGGCGAUGGACUCCACUCUCUUAUUUUCGCGUUCACCAUGAUCAUUGUAUCAGAAAUUGGUGACAAGACCUUCCUCGUCGCUGCCUUGAUGGCAAUGAGACAUCCCCGCCUAGUUGUUUUUUCCUCUGCCUUCUGUGCUUUGGCUGUCAUGACUGUCCUGUCUGCCAUCCUUGGUCACGCCGUUCCCACUCUGAUUCCCAAAUCUGUCACAAAGCUCAUGGCUGCGGUUCUUUUUCUCAUUUUUGGUGCGAAGAUGGGCAAGGAAGGCCUCGAGAUGUCUCCGGAUGAGGGUGUGGGCGAGGAAAUGCGUGAAGUUGAGAUGGAGCUUGAGGAGAAAGAGCAAGAGCAGUUGCGCAUGGGUCGUCGUCGCUCCUCUAUCACCCCUCACUCCUUGGAGGCUGGUCGCGUCGGUGGUCGUCCUAAGUCGCGCGGCUCAGCCAACCGCUUGCCUUCACCUCCAGAGAGUAUUUCCUCCUCUUCGUCUCGUGGAUCGUCUCCCCACCCCCAGCGUCGCUUGAAUGACUUUAUGGUGGGGAUCAGCAAUCUCUUCUCUCUGCUUCUCAGUCCCGCAUGGGUGCAAACCUUUGCCAUGACUUUUCUUGGUGAAUGGGGUGACCGCAGUCAAAUCGCCACUAUCGCCAUGGCUGCCGGUCAAGAUUACUGGUGGGUGACUGUUGGCGCGAUUACCGGCCAUGCGAUCUGUACCGCGGCCGCUGUCAUUGGUGGACGAGCCAUCGCCGGUCGUGUCAGUCUGCGUGUUGUGACUUUGGGUGGUGCUACGGCAUUCUUGGUGUUUGGCGUCAUUUACAUGAUAGAAGCUCUUUACUAA